AUGGCCUACUUUAUUCCAUCCUUUCUGCAGAAGCGCCUGCUUCGCUACGUCCUAGCCCGCCUUGAGUUACUCGACAUUGAUGCGCUUGCUUUGGAAAAUUUAAACAUUUCGUGGGGAAAGAGAAGCACGAUAGAACUGAAAGAUGUUGGAGUUAAUACGCAAAAGUUAAUCACAUUGUUGAAUCUCCCGAGGACGUGGUCGAUAUCGGAGGCUAGGCUAAUACUCUUGCGCUUAACUAUCCCUGCCGAUCUUCAUCAAAGUAGCAUCUUAGUUGAAAUUGACGGUGUCAAGGUACAGCUGGAUGCACAUCAACUUGACUCUGAUCCCGGCCAGAUUCCUUUGGACAAGACCGAGAGGCGUGGGUUCCCAAACCCCUCGGGAGAGUACAAGUCUGAUCGACCUCGGAGUAGUCAAUCAGACGUACACGAUCCGGGCGGUACAAAGUCCGAUUAUGCCCAGGAAAGCUUCGAUGCCGGUACGCGAGAUAUCUCGCAGCCAAUACCUUCGACUGUCGAGCUUGCUCAGUCAUUCCUCGAAACAGAGCCGGAACACGAGAAGGAGGAAUUGGAGGAGGUGCUUCUUCAAUCACAAAACCUGAAACAAUCUCAGAUUUCCGAUAUCGAAAGCGAAGGAGACAACAAUACGGGAUUUGGCAGCGAUUUGUCAUUACCUGCAUUUCUAGCGAAUUUCCUCAAAGACGUUGCCGACCGCGUACAAGUCGACAUUAAGAAUAUUCAUGUAGACCUCCAUCUACCGAUAAGUUUGGAUGCCCUUGGUGCUGAGCCGGCUCGACAGCCGGAAAAGAUCACUUCUCGACUCAUGAUCGGUAGCAUAAAUAUCGAGAGCAAGCAUAAGUCUGUGGCCGUGGAGAACGAAAAUUUGAGAGGCGAUGCAACAACUACCUCAAUGGGCAAUUUCCGAAGUAUUGACAUUCGUCGAAUCAAAUUGAUGAUAGUAUCAGACUCGACCAUCAUGUUUCAAACUGCUGGAACCCCGUCGCCGCCGUCACCAGAGACUGUCCAAUUGCCGCAGCAACCCCUAAAUGAAACCCCCGAGGACAGAGGUAACAAUCAACUUCAUAAAAAAUCCGAGAUCAAGGCUACCUUUACCCCACGAUCUCCCGGGGACCUGACCGGCAACCUUUUAGAUCCUACAUCGGCGACCAUAUUGAGGGCGAAGCUGCCCAAGGUCGAAGAGUCCACGCUCUCAUCGCGGGAAAGUAACGAAUCUAUUAGAGCUGUUCAAGAUUCAGGCGGCCCUUUUCCACCAUUUCAAAGACGCCCAAGCUCUUCUCAUGGAGAUGACCUGGCACAGUCACGGCUAUAUAGCCAUGAGGACGCAGUAAGCAUGUACAUGAGCGCAAUGGAUGGGGUCUAUCCAAAGCACAAGAAGGGGAGCCCAGCGCCUCCGGGCGGAUGGCACUCAACAUUCUCCGACGACAGCGAUGAUUGCCGUCAAGAUAUUGAGCAAUCAACAUCGCUAUAUGAAUCAAUGUCACCUCAUUCAACUACCAUCAGUGGCGAAGAGCGCCCGAGCCUCCAAAGCAAUCAGGAGAUCGAUCCUAUCUUACGCGAGGCUGGAGGAGCCUCAAUACCGACGCCAAGAUCGUCACAAUCACACUCACUGACUGGAUCGCCAGGCACUGCACCGGAAAGUGAAGAUGCACAAAAGUCGACAUCAAGAUGUUCUAGUCUCUCAAGCUCUUCUUCAAUUCCUUCGGGGAAAGCCAAACGCUCUCUGGUUUUGAUCAAGCAAUUCUGUACCAUUGCUAGUAUUAAGAUCACAGUACCGAUUUUUAGCACUCCACCAAUACAAGCUCCAAAUCCUGUAAGCCCAUUCGAUGAACCCGCCGGAGAGUCCAUGCCCUCGCGAGCCAUUCAAAUCGGAAUAGUUGGCCUGGAGCUAGUCAGUGAUAUGACACUUACUAAAACUCUACUUCUUGCUCUCCAACAAUCAUAUUGGAAACCUAGUGGAACAGGUUCAGACUAUCGUGACUCUCAGCCUGCUCUAGCGGACAAUUCGAAGAAGGCUUUUUCUGCUACGUUCUCGGGGUUUUCGUGGCGAUUCGUCGACUCUGUGCAAAGCUAUCACCCUGUCUCCGCUUCAAUCAUACCGGAAACCAGGGGUGCCCUUUCUGGUGAGUCUGAGGUCUUGCUGAGAGCUGAUGUCUCUUCGCUUCGUUUCGAUCACGAGUACUCGACACUUCCAGCAGCAACGAAAGUGAUCAUCAAAGAUCUGAGCUUUGGCUACUCUUCUGGAUCUAUACUGUCUUUUGAUUCCAGUAUGAGCAUGAGAGAGUCCACUCGAAAUGUACAUAACGCUUCUGGAGGAGACAUUGUCAUGAACAUAACAAAUACCGGUGAUGGUGUGGCUGUUGAGAUAUCGACUGUUCCGAUACACAUCUAUCUAGAUACGCGCAGGCUAGAUGAGACAUUUGGCUGGUUCGGUGGUCUGAGCAGUAUGCUCGAACUGGGAAAUUCGAUGUUUUCCACUCUCACGCCAAAAGAAGCCCGUGCACCACCGACGCCCUCCAUAAAGCCAAAACGGAGCGUGCAUUUUGAGGCUCACGCGCACCGCAUGCCGCUGGCCAACGCACGAAGUCCCUCCCAGAAUAAGAUUGACAUGAGGAUAAGUGGCGUUUUCUUGGAAAUGCAAGGCCAACAAGCGCUUGUGGAAGUCAGAAGCACCGCUAUUAAGAUUGUAAACAGAGCUGAGGUCUUCGGACUGCAGAUCGAUGGAAUAAACUUAGCAGGUCCUCGCUCCUUAGAGCAUGAGGUAAGAGUGGCUACGGCCAUGCAAGUAUCUAAUCUGAGGCUAGAGUAUCUUGCAACGCCCAAGGAGGUCGAUCUAGCCCGUUUGAUCGAGCUUGUCUUUCCGUCAAAUUUGCAAGAUGAAGAUCAGUUUAAAGACGGCCUAUUGGUAGACACGUUGCUCAGACAACGCCGUCAAGGCGGUGCCUUACGUGCAACGGUAGAGCAUCUUGAUGGUGACUUUGCCAAUAUCGAGCAGCUUCAUUCGUUCCUUUCCAUUACGGAAGAUCUCAAGAAGUUUUCGACCAUUACAAAGUAUCUCCCACAAGAUGAUCGGCCUGGUAUCCUCAUUCUAACCUUGGUAAAGUCUAUCAAUCUUCGAAUAUGGCUUGACGACGACUUUGGCUUAGCUCAGCUCACGUCAAAGCAUGCAGAAAUAGCACAUGUGACCCUUCCGUCGCUUGCGGCGAUCGGGCUAAAGAGUAUAGAAGUGAAUCGCAAUGGCUCAGAGCAACUUAUUGGGACUUCACUGCCGUUUGACAUGGACCUUGACCCUGGCCUGCCCGUCAUACUGGCUCGAUAUAUCUGUAAUGAAAUGGUUCCCGUCGUUCGUGUUAGAGUGCAUGAUUUACGUGUCGAGUAUCAUGUCUCGACUGUAACGGCGCUCAUAGACUUUCAAGCAAAAAUCUUAAAAGAAGAACUUGUUUCUAGCUUGAUGGCUUCAGUCAUUACUGUCACUGGACGGCAGCCUGGUGAGAUUGGCCUUUCAAGCGGUAAUCAACCAAGACCUAUCAGUCGCGGGGAACCAGAGACAUACACGAGUCUUCCUGAGAUAGAUAUGGUCCUCAAGGAUCUGAUCAUUGGGCUCAAUCCUCGCAAGUCCAUGAGCAAGGCCUAUUUAUUGCUAGAGGAGGCUCAAUUGUCCACGACCUCUAGCCAAAUUCAAGUUCACAGUGUUCUCAAAGUCAGUAAGGCCAAUCUGAUGCUAACCGACCAUAUAACCCCAAACUCUUCCGCCUUUGGAAUGGGCAAAACCAGGGAUAUCUUAGCACAAGCAGGGUUUGUCUUGGUCGGUACUUUGUCUGCUACUACCUUCGAUCUUCGGGUCAAAGAGACGACAGCACAGAGUGCUCGUCUGAUCGAGGCGGACAUUGAGGGAGGGUUUCUUCUACUUGAAUCGUGCGCCGACUCGACACAGACGUUGCAAGAUCUGUUCAACGGUCUUAGUGUUCCAAAGCCAAAAGAACCCGAGCUGAAAUACCGUACGGAAGCCGUUGCUGUAGAAGAUAUGCUUGCGUCGUUCACUGGUGAUGCUUACGUCACGAGUGGACAAAAUCAGUCCGAUGACGCGAUUAUCUCUUCAAGCCUUGACGAAGAAGUAGUGAUGAAUGAUGACGAUCCUCAGAGUCUCGAAUAUGUCUCUACUUUCUACAGUCCCGACCUCAAUACGGAUUCUGGCAUCCUGACUAACAGUAUCCUCGAAGAAGACCUUAAAGACCUUAGCAGCCAGUCCUCGGUCGACGGGUUUGAGAAAGGACAGCAAUCGGAGAGUUCAGAAGGGUUACCACACGUGACGGCAGGUAAUGACCCGCUUGACUUCCGGGAUGAUUAUUUUGCAGCUAGCCCUGCUACAGCAGAUAGGUUGAUACCCUCCACAAGGCGCUACUCUUAUGGGCAUAAUGACGGGCUUCAGUCCUCAACCAACCCCUUGGUGGCUCGUGUUCGCGAUUUCCAUGUCAUCUGGAAUCUUUUUGAUGGGUAUGAUUGGCAGCAUACUAGAGACGAAAUUAGUAAAGCCAUAGCAGAGGUGCAGGCCAGGGUGAAUGAGCGAACCUCCCGAAUGGAAAAACGCAGAUCCCUAGACCUUCAACCCAAUGGGGAAAACGUCAUUGGCGAUAUACUUUUCAACUCAAUCUAUAUUGGAGUCCCUGCGAAGACUGAUCCGGCCGACUUAACACGACAAAUAAGUCGCAACCUCGACGAUCUUGCGAGCGAAACAGGGAGCUACGACACAUCGACCGCGUCAAGAUCGCCAAGUCGCCGGAAGCCAGAAUCAACUGGUAUGAUUAAAGGCCUUCGCUUAGGCCGCAGCAAGUAUCACAAGAUGACUUUUGAGCUUCAGGGGGUCUCAGCUGAUGUUGUGGUUCACUCGCCAAACACCGGGGACUUGCAAAGCUCCGUAGUCAUUGGAGUACAGAAUCUUGAUAUUUUCGAUCAUUUGCCAACAUCAACCUGGAAAAAAUUUGCAACUUAUAUGCGAGACGCUGGCGAAAGGGAGGUUGGGACAAGGAUGAUCCACAUAGAGAUUUCGAACGUGAAACCAAUGCCUGACUUAGCCGCCUCCGAGAUCGUCCUCAAGGCAUCUGUCCUUCCCAUCCGGCUUCACGUCGACCAAGACGCGCUUGACUUUUUAUCUCGGUUCUUUGAAUUCAGAGCUGAGACAGCUCUUUCCACAAUAGAUACAACCGAAUUGCCAUUCUUCCAACGCGUGGAAGUGAAUACAAUUCGGGUGAAGCUUGACUUCAAGCCUAAAAGGGUCGAUUAUGCAGGUCUUCGUUCCGGUCACACCACAGAAUUCAUGAAUUUCUUUGUUCUUGAUCGAGCCGAGAUGUUUCUACGACAUGUUAUUAUAUAUGGGGUUUCGGGGUUUGACCGCCUUGGUAAGACUCUGAACGACAUCUGGAUGCCCGAUAUCAAGCGGAAUCAACUACCGGGAGUGCUUGCCGGCCUUGGCCCUAUCCGAUCAUUAGUCAACAUGGGGAAUGGUGUGCGGGAUCUAGUCCUAGUACCCAUUACCGAGUAUAGAAAAGAUGGGAGGGUUGUUCGCAGUUUCCAAAAGGGAGCCUUAUCGUUUGCUAAAACAACAACAAGUGAAUUGACGAAACUUGGUGCUAAGCUUGCGAUUGGGACGCAGACAGUUCUUCAAGAAGCAGAGGAUCUCUUGAGCGAACAGACAAGACACAACAAAGCAGAAAGGCUAGGAGAUUGGAUCGACGCCGAAGUGGAUGCAGAGGAAGAAGAGGAGAUCAGUCUCUACGCCAACCAGCCCGUUGGCGUAAUACAAGGCCUCCGUGGCGGCUACGCUAGCCUAGAGCGUGACUUGCUCGCCGCAAAAGAUGUGAUCAUCGCCAUGCCAGGUGAAAUCAUGGAGAGUGGGACAGCAGGAGGCGCUGCUCGGGCGAUAAUGAAAAUUGCACCUACUGUAAUCUUGCGGCCCGCUAUGGGGGUUAGCAAAGCUGUUGGGCAGACACUCAUGGGAGCUACAAAUAGCUUGGAUUCGACAAAUAGGCGACAAGUGGAAGAUAAGUAUAAAAUUCGUUGA